AUGGAAGACACUGUCGCACCAAAUGAAUCGGACUUAGAGGAUUUCUUUGAAGUUAGCGCAGAUAUCAAGCCCCAGACAAGCAUGGCACUUCUCUAUGAGAUGAACAGCGAAGGAGUGGCUCAAUAUGAUGAAUUACUACUUGAAAGGAUAACGGCACAAAUUGGAGAGCAUAAGAACGGCUAUGUCGCUGACACAAAAGGGAUCCUGGUUUGGCCUAAAGUCUUCUUUCGAAGGGAUAAAUUUGGAGAAGAGAUUGCCAUUCUCCUUGUCGACACUCAAGGAACUUUUGACAACGAGUCCGACAUUGAUCAGUCAAUCAACUACUUUGCUGUUUCUUUACUUUUGUCAUCAAUCCAAGUAUUCAACACCAAAAGUAAUCUCGAUCUACAAGAUUUCGAUGCUUUGAAUCAAUUCAUUGCUUACAGUGACCUCAGCGGGGAUAGUGUUGGCCAACACAUUUUCUUUCUCAUUCGUGACGCGCCAAUUGGAAAGGGAUUGACACCGCGUUUUCUCACAAGGAUUACGGAAGGGUCAAGACGAGCCUUGAAGACACACGAGCUGAUCGAUGGGGUAAUGAGAGCCUUCCUAAAGACCGAGUGCUAUUUGGUGCCACGUCCCGAUAAAAAACUGGUCGAUGCUGAUAUGGAGAUCAAGGCAGCUGAUGUCGGCAAAGACUGCCUUGAUUGCUUGGCAGAUGCUGCCAACUACCUCAUCCAAAAUCUCGAACCAAAAACUGUUCAAGGUGUAACUCUAACUGGAUCAACUUUGAAAUCAUAUGCAAAGGCGAUGAAAACAAUGGCUUUUGAUGCAGCGAAGAAAGGCGGCAAAGCGGCUUUCAAAGAUGGAUGGAAUAGAUUCAACCAGAUCCACCACUUUCAACCGAUUGCACCGAGAGAGUUUGCGGCUGAGUCAAAGAGUAUACUUGAACAAGCGAAGAACGCCUAUUUGAGUGUGGUGCGAUACGGAAGUGAAGAAAGCCGACAAGAGCAUUUCAACAAUUUCCUUUCCGAAUUGAUGGAAAAAUGUGAGGACAAGAAAACGUUCAAUGAUGAAAAGUAUCGAGAUCAGAAAAUCGCAUCAGCUUACGAGGCGGCCAUUCAACUUUAUGAGAAAGAAAGUCAACCAACUUUCAUGAAAAUCCUUGAACAGCGAUCCUUCGACAACAUUCAAAAGCAACACCAAGCUGCUUACAAGAAAGCGUUGAGCUUGUUUGACAAGGAAACGAACGAAUUCUUGAUGGACACAGACUUGGCUAUCAAAAAGCGAAUGAAAUUAGUCGAGUUGAUUGAGAAUCGAUCAUUUGAUAUUUUGCGAGAAAACUCGAUGCAAAGCAUUCGUGAAAAGGGUAGAGAGCUCUGUGAUCUCGUUGUGAACAAGUACCGGGAUUUCUUGAUGAUGAAACAAUCGGAGAUCACAAAACCGGAGGAAAUCGAGAAGUCUAUCGAAGAGGCGAGAAAUCAAUUGACUGACAACAUUUUGGAAGAGAAAAACAACUUGCUCACCCAAAUUCAACAGGAGUUUCCACAAUUGGCGUUUGAGGAAGUGGAUCAAUAUUUGGAGACAAUAAACGAUAAGGCAUUGGAUUUCAUGAUCAAGAGAGUCGACCAAGAGUUCAAGAUGAUCGCUGGCGCUCUCCUGAAAACCCAAGAGAUCGAAAAACAAAUGCAUGCCAAAGAACAAGAACAACAAUUGAAUGAAGCACUCAUUCGACAAGAAAUUGGAAUUUUGAGAGCAAGUGCUGACCAGUUGCGAGAAAAGGACAAAGUGAAUGAAGAACGACAAUUGGAAGCAGCUCGGAAAGAAGCGCAAGCCAUUGAAAAAGAGAAACAACAACAGAAAGAUGCCGAGAAGACACGACGACUGAUUCUGGGGUUGCAACAAUCGCUGGGUAUGGUU